CGCGGCCGCGGUGCGGACGGACCGACGGACGGCGCUGCUUGCAGGAGGCGCCCGGACAUGUUCAGCCGGAGCUCCCGGAAAAGACUCUCCAGCCGCUCGUUGACCGGACUGGGGCGGAUCGAGAGAGGCCAGCCAUGUAACGCCUGUGGUGACCAGUGCCCAGGGUUCGCCUUGCAUAAAUGGAGGAAGAUCUGCCUGCACUGCAAGUGCCCUCAGGAGGAGCACAUGGUGACGGUGAUGCCCCUGGCGAUGGAGAAGACUGUCAGCAAACUCAUGUUUGACUUCCAGAGGAACUCGACCUCGGAUGACGACUCAGGCUGUGCCUUGGAGGAGUAUGCCUGGGUCCCGCCGGGGCUGAAGCCUGAACAGGUUCACCAGUACUAUAGCUGUCUCCCAGAAGAGAAAGUUCCCUAUGUCAACAGUCCUGGAGAGAAACUUCGAAUCAAGCAGCUAUUACACCAGCUGCCACCACAUGACAAUGAGGUUCGCUAUUGCAACUCCCUGGAUGAGGAAGAGAAGAGGGAGCUGAAGCUCUUCAGCAACCAGCGGAAACGUGAAAACCUGGGUCGUGGCAAUGUCAGGCCCUUCCCGGUCACCAUGACAGGAGCGAUCUGUGAGCAGUGCGGAGGCCAGAUCAACGGCGGGGACAUUGCUGUGUUUGCGUCGCGCGCCGGACACGGUGUCUGCUGGCACCCACCCUGCUUUAUCUGCACUGUCUGCAACGAGCUCCUGGUGGAUUUGAUCUACUUUUACCAAGAUGGGAAGAUAUACUGUGGCAGGCACCACGCGGAGUGCCUGAAGCCGCGCUGCGCAGCCUGCGACGAGAUCAUCUUUGCAGAUGAAUGCACAGAAGCUGAGGGGCGACACUGGCACAUGAAACACUUCUGCUGCUUCGAAUGCGAGACAGUGCUGGGCGGCCAGCGCUACAUCAUGAAGGAGGGAAGGCCCUACUGCUGCCACUGCUUCGAGUCCUUGUACGCAGAAUAUUGCGACACCUGUGCCCAACACAUAGGGAUCGACCAAGGUCAAAUGACCUAUGACGGCCAACACUGGCAUGCCACUGAGACCUGUUUCUGCUGUGCUCACUGCAAGAAGUCCCUCCUGGGCCGGCCGUUCCUCCCCAAGCAAGGCCAGAUCUUCUGCUCACGGGCCUGCAGUGCCGGGGAGGACCCCAACGGUUCUGACUCUUCUGAUUCGGCCUUCCAGAACGCCCGGGCCAAGGAGUCCCGGCGCAGCGCCAAAAUCGGCAAGAACAAGGGCAAGACAGAAGAGCCCAUGCUGAGCCAGCACAGCCAGCUGCAGGUGAGUUCCAACCGGCUGUCGGCUGACGUGGACCCCCUGUCGCUGCAGAUGGACCUGCUCAGCCUGUCCAGCCAGACACCCAGCCUCAACCGGGACCCCAUCUGGAGGAGCCGGGACGAGCCGUACCAUUACGGGAACAAGAUGGAGCAGAACCAGUCGCAGAGCCCCUUGCAGCUCCUCAGCCAGUGCAACAUCAGAACUUCCUACAGUCCAGGAGGGCAAGGGGCCGGGGCCCAGCCCGACAUGUGGGCCAAGCACUUCAGCAACCCCAAAAGGAGCUCAUCGCUGGCCAUGAAGGGGCACGGUGGCAGCUUCAUCAAGGAAUGCCGAGAAGACUAUUACCCGGGAAGGCUGAGGUCCCAGGAGAGCUACAGUGAUAUGUCCAGCCAGAGCUUCAGUGAAAACCGAGGCAGCAUCCAAGUCCCCAAAUAUGAGGAGGAGAUGGAAGAGGAAGGGGGCAUGUCCACUCAGCAGUGUCGGACCCGUCAUCCCAUCAGUUCACUGAAAUAUACCGAGGACAUGACGCCCACAGAGCAGACCCCGCGGGGCUCCAUGGAAUCGCUGGCCCUGUCUAACACAACAGGCCUCUCCGCAGAUGGUGGUGCCAAGCGCCAGGAGCACCUCUCCCGGUUUUCCAUGCCCGAUCUCAGCAAAGACUCUGGGAUGAACGUGUCCGAGAAGCUGAGCAACAUGGGCACGCUGAACUCGUCCAUGCAGUUCCGCAGCGCCGAGUCCGUUCGCAGCCUGCUCUCCGCCCAGCAGUACCAGGAGAUGGAGGGAAACCUCCACCCUCUCGGCAACCCCAUCAGGUACAGAGACCUGCAGGCCCACGGAAGGAUGCAUCAGAGCUUUGAUUUCGAUGGGGGGAUGGCGGGCAGCAAGCUGCCGGGGCCGGAGGGUGUGAGGAUCCAGCCCAUGAGCGAGCGCACGCGGCGGAGAGCCACUUCCCGCGAAGACAACCGCCGCUUCCGACCUCACCGCUCCCGGCGAUCCCGACGCUCUCGCUCAGACAACGCCCUCCACCUGGCCAGCGAGCGCGAGGCCAUCUCUCAGUUAAAAGAAAGGCCCCCCCUGAGAGCCAGGGAGGAUUAUGAUCAGUUCAUGCGCCAGCGGAGCUUCCAGGAGAGCCUGGGCCAGGGGUCCCGGAGGGACCUGUACGGCCGGUGCCCCCGGACUGUAUCGGACCUGGCUCUGCAGAAUGCCUUUGGGGAGCGAUGGGGACCCUACUUCACUGAGUACGAUUGGUGUUCCACCUGCUCUUCGUCCUCGGAGUCUGACAACGAGGGCUAUUUCCUAGGAGAACCCAUCCCCCAGCCCGCCCACCUGCGAUACGUCACGAGUGAUGAGUUACUGCACAAAUACAGCUCGUACGGCCUCCCCAAGUCUUCCACGCUAGGUGGCAGGGGACAGUUGCACAGCAGGAAAAGACAAAAGAGCAAAAACUGUAUCAUUUCUUAAUCCGAUGGGGGUCAGGGGAUAGGGGAAGAUGGGAGAGUACCUCUUACAUUUCCCAGAUGAGGCUUUAACCACCGUCAGCAGAAAGAAGAAGGUGGCCUAGAAACUGACACCUAAUUAGUGCCCCGAGGGAGAGAGGAAUAAGCAAUUUCAGAUCUAGCUGCCCAGGGAGCAUCCAUCGGCUGAACUGGUCAGAGCUGGAGGCGUGUUGAGAUGCAAGCCUCAGGGUCAGACGGUCUAUAAGCAAGAUCACCUCCAUCUAGUCCAUCACUGCCAGUGUCUCCUUCCCACCCCACAUGCAGCCAGGCACCUUAUGGAGAAUGCCGAUGGAGGACAGGUAAAUCCUCACUGUGAGGACGGAACCUGCAAGUAUAUGCCUUAGAGGGAGCAGGACAUCAUCGUAUCGGGAGUUCCUCCCCUUAGUGAUAACUUACACCUAACAUCCCAGAAUCCCAUUCCCCAAAGUUCAAUGCAUUUGUUUCCGAGGCGGGAUCUGAGGGUCCUGGCCUGAUCAUCGCCGGGAGCUCUUCUUGGUCAAGCGUCAUCUGUGGGUGAGGCUCGCACUCACCUCUUCUUAGAUCAUCAUUUCAUCCUUAAUAGGCUGUUUUUAGAAGAGUACCACAGUUUAUUUUCUUUGCUAAUGCCUUGGGUUUUGUUUUGCUUGCCUACCUCUUCUCAUAUUGAUCUUCUUAUCUUUUGGAUAAAACCCCACUUUAGCGUUCGUUUCAUUUCCUGUCGCUGCUCAAUUCAGGGACAACAGAACUGGCCCUUUCCCAAGCAGAAGUCAGUGACAGUUUCCUGAAUGGCCCUGCCAGUGCAUAUCACCCUUGAUGUUAUGAGCAAGUUUGUUAGCAGGCUGGUGGCAUUCAGGUACUCUUCCAUCUGUCAUAGAAUUCUGGGAUUUCUACCAAGUGUGACGGUAAAUGAGGUCAGGGAAACCAGAACCAUACUUCCCAUUUUGCAGGUGUUCAAGGGGGGGAAAUUUUUAGUGUUGGUUGUUUGACCCCCUCUUUUCAUAUUCACCUUCUGUUCUCUAGUCCUUCCUUUCCACCCUCAGCCAGCCCCGUGAACAAGCAAUUUUGCGUUUCUCAUAUGUGACCUGAGGACAGCUCUUUCUCAUCCUCUUUUCCCAUUCUGUAGGAUGUUUCUUCAAUACACCAAGAUUAUAUUUCUCUCUCCUGCGGCAGCUCUCUGCUUCUUGGGUACCACCAGCCAUUGCUGAGUUCAGGUGGGGCCAGUAAUACCACAUAUGUAGCAUGUGCUCUGAUCCCUGCAACCUGGGCAGAUAUAACCAAGGUACCACUGUAUACUUUCCCAGAGAGCAUGGCUGCAGCCUCAGAAAUCUUUUCAACACUCCAACCAUCCAGGACUAGUUGAUCUGAACUGAUUUUAUUUGUCUGAUAACAAAUCUUAUUUGUGAACUGAUUCUUAUUUGUCUUUCUACCUUGGGCUCUUUUGCCAUUGGCCCCAAACUGUACACCAGCCAUUUAGGAAGCAUCAUCCCUAAAUAAUUGUGAGACUCCAGUUUCUAUGCCCCCGUACUGGAGAUGCUAAAGGAGGCUGACUUCUUUAGGCUAAAUGAAGACAACUCUCUUUGGCCUCCUUUUCCAUUCUCGUGUUCUUGGUCCUAUCACAGAGGUCAGAUAAGAGUUCGUCCUAUUCUUUGUCUAAUCCCACCUUCUAACAAGAAAGAACACAAAAAUUUAAAUUCCAAGGAGAAGUGCUCUUUGCUGUUUCUCUCUAACAGAAACCAGAUGCUAAUGCAUAAGAAGGAGAAUCUAUGACAAAGGAACGUGAACGAUGGCAUCAGUCAUCUGAGGAUUUCAUGCCAGAAGGCUGCUAUUAGCACUGUUUAGCACCUUCAGGGCUUUGAAAAGGGCUCUGCGACAGCAUUCCAGGUACAGGACACAGCCAAGCCUCCUCUACAUAUUUGGAAGGCAGUUCCAGAUGGCCGCCUUUUGAGGUGCGUUUCUUAAAGCGCAAGAGAAGUGGAAAUGAAGAGAGUUUUGCCUAGCCUCCAGUGGCCGGUCCCUCUGGGGCCUCAGCAGACACCAGAGCCUGUUCGUCUGACCCCUCGGAAGCAGUCAUCAAGGUUAGGAUCAAAAAAGGAUUUCAGUCUUUUUCCAUUUUCUCAUAGUAGGAUCCCCUUCAACCCAAGACUCCCAUAAAGUAUAAUGUACUGUUGGGAGCUAUACUGUUUUAUAAGCUUACUUCCUGCUGACAAAACUAGCUUUCCCCAACAGGAAUAAAAAGGCGGGGAGGGGGGAUGUCACGUAGUGUUAGAAAACAUUUCUGUGAUUUAGAUACGAUGACUCUGUAGGAGAAAAAAAAAAAAAAAAAAAGCCUGAGAGUUUUCUGAGACAUCCCUCACCCUACUGAGUAUGGCCACUGACCAAUAGGUCGCUGACCAAGCUUUUCUAAAUUUUUCAGAGAGAGUUACUCAAACCUCUCUAGUGAAUGUCCAUGUUUUUCCAUAAAGCAUUUUGGUUCUAUCGUGGACCCUGACUUCACAUUCUAAGACCUAUGGGUCCUCCUUAUUCCAUAGUAAAUUAGGAAUUUGGCAGUUUUCCCGCUCCUAAACACAUUCUUUCCUGUACAGGAUCACUUUGUCCAUCUCCUGCUUUAAUUCCAAGUACGUAAACAAAACCUCAAAGGGCCUGAGAAGGUAAGGCAUGCCAGAGUCUGUGUUGUGUGUCGGGUGUCAAGCUAUUUGUUAAGAAGGUCUGCAGUAGACCUUUGGUGUGGGCUCUGCCAGAGACUGUCGUGAACACUUUGCUUGAGAUCCGUGCCCUGUAAAAUGGAUAUGAUGUUUUACUGAUGUCUGUAAUACAUUUGUAAACUUCCAAUAAAAUUUGAAUAAAAGAAAUGUUGCCAUUCUU